CGCACAUCCGUUGAUCUUUCCGAGCACACAGCUUCAAGAACAUGGCCGACGUGACAGCGGUGGACGGAGAGAAACUCAGCAAAAAGUCUGUCUGCUGACUGUGGUAGUUCAGCAUGCUGUGCCUGGUCAGGGCAGCCAGGCACCAGCUGUGCCAAUCCUUUGGGGUCAGGGGACAGUGGUUAAAAUAUGCGUCCCCAUGCACAGCUUCAGGCCCAGCUCAAAUUUGCGGGAACCGCUGGAGAGGUGACAAAAGUGAGCUGAAGAGGCGAAUGAAAGCAGAGAAAAAGGCGGCUGAGAAGGAAGCUAAGGUGAAAGAGCAGGUGGAGCAGAAGAAAGAAUCUAAUGACGAGGCAGGGCAAAAUGCCUGUGCAUUGGAUGAGGAGACGCUUGACCCAAGUCAAUACUUCAAGAUCCGCACUCAAGCCAUCCAGGACCUGAAGGGUACAGCAGAGGACCCAUACCCGCACAAGUAUCAUGUAGACUUGUCGCUCACAGACUUCAUCCAGAAAUACAAUCAUCUCCAGCCAGGAGACCAGCUGACAGAUGUUGUUGUGAACGUGUCAGGCCGCGUCCAUGCUAAGAGGGCCUCUGGUGCCAAGCUGAUUUUCUAUGAUUUGCGAGGGGAAGGUGUCAAGUUGCAAGCUAUGGCGAAUUCAAGGAACUACAAGUCUGAGGAGGCCUUUGUGGCCAUCAACAACAAACUGCGGCGAGGCGAUCUGAUUGGUGUCCGUGGUAACCCGGGGAAGACAAAAAAAGGGGAGUUGAGCAUCAUUCCCAUUGAGAUGACUCUCCUGUCACCAUGUUUGCACAUGUUGCCCCACCUCCACUUUGGGCUCAAAGACAAGGAAACACGCUACCGCCAGCGUUACUUGGAUCUGAUUCUCAAUGACUAUGUGAGACAGAAGUUCAUAACCCGCUCCAAAAUCAUCACAUACCUCCGCAGCUUUCUGGACCAGAUGGGAUUUUUGGAGAUCGAGACACCGAUGAUGAACAUUAUUCCUGGGGGAGCAGUGGCCCGUCCAUUUGUUACGUACCACAAUGACCUGGACAUGAACCUGUACAUGAGAAUUGCUCCUGAGCUUUACCACAAGAUGCUUGUGGUCGGUGGACUGGACAGAGUGUAUGAGGUUGGCCGUCAGUUCAGAAAUGAAGGCAUUGAUCUCACUCAUAAUCCAGAAUUCACCACCUGUGAAUUUUAUAUGGCGUAUGCUGAUUACUAUGACCUGAUGGAAAUCACAGAGAAACUGCUCUCAGGAAUGGUGAAGCACAUUACUGGAGGAUACAAGGUGACCUAUCACCCUGAUGGCCCCGAGGGGCAGGCCCAUGAGAUUGACUUCACCCCACCAUUCAAAAGAGUGAGCAUGACACACGACCUGGAGAAAAUCAUGGGCGUCAAAUUCCCACCUACUGACAGCUACGACAGCAAUGAGACACGUAAAUUCUUUGACGACCUGUGUGCCCAGAGAGGAGUUGAAUGUCCUCCACCUAGGACCACUGCCCGCCUCCUUGACAAGCUGGUCGGAGAUUUCCUAGAGGUCACGUGUAUCAACCCAACAUUCAUCUGUGAUCAUCCUCAAAUCAUGAGCCCCUUAGCUAAAUGGCACCGAUCAGAAAAAGGCCUCACGGAGCGUUUCGAGCUCUUUGUGAUGAAGAAGGAAAUCUGCAAUGCCUACACUGAGUUGAAUGAUCCGAUUAGACAAAGAGAGCUCUUUGAGCAGCAGGCCAAGGCCAAAGCCGAGGGAGAUGAUGAAGCCAUGUUCAUCGAUGAGACCUUCUGCACAGCCCUGGAAUAUGGUCUACCACCAACUGCUGGAUGGGGAAUGGGCAUCGAUCGUCUCGCCAUGUUCCUCACUGACUCCAACAACAUCAAGGAGGUGUUGCUGUUCCCAGCGAUGAAGCCUGAUGACAAUAAGACAACGCCCUCAGAGGGCACCUCCGUGUAGUGACAUGUUCUCUGACCUCUCCCUCUGGAGCAGUCACCAUGAAGUACGAGCCUUUACCUCACUGUGUGAACAGGUGGAGAUUCAGGAUUUGUGUUUUAUCAAUGUAAGUGAGUCAGGUGUUUGAUCAUCAUGGUUGGUAAGGGAAGUCAUCUUUGCUCAGUUUCAUGAUUGACUGAGAAACAAUGAUAAAUUUUUUUCUUUAUCUUUUGUAUUUCUUACACUUUUUCUGUUAUAUUUGCUGUGUUCUCCUCGUUCAGCUGUAGGGAGGCAUUUUAAUCCUCUUCGUCAUCCAAACAGUGAAUGGAUGUUAUUUGAUCAGGAAGCCAUUUCAUCUGCUGUUGUAUGCAGACUUGGAAGAGAUACUUCUGAAUAUACUUUGAGCUACUUUAGGUGGUAUCUGAUUUUGUCUACCAUCGUUGGGAUUCACACCAUAUAUUCAGAAAACUCCAGUUCCACUAAUACUUGAAGGGUUCUCAGUGUAUUCAUCUGUUUUUACCAAGUCUGCUUGAAUUUCUGCUUGCUUUUCUCAUCUAAGAUUUUUCACAGUGGACUCCACUAAUACAAUAUUGAUCUGCCAAGAAGUUUAAUGAUGGUAUGCCUGAAUAAAGUGCAUAUGAAGCUA